GAAAAAAUUCAAGAAGCGUCGUUAUGAUAACGAGGAAGAGGAUGAGGAUGAGCUUUCCAUGGAUACCGAAUCUCAGGAAGCUGUCCCUUCUGCGGCUGGGAAACAGGUGGAGCAGACUGUGGUUAAGGAAGAUGAGUACGGAGCCAAGGAUUACAGGACACUGAUGAGCCUAAAAGAGGAUCACACCUCCAGACCACUUUGGGUGGCUCCAGAUGGACACGUUUUCCUUGAAGCCUUCUCUCCAGUUUAUAAAUAUGCACAAGACUUCCUGGUAGCCAUUGCUGAGCCAGUGUGCAGACCCACACACACGCAUGAGUAUAAAUUAACAGCGUACUCCCUGUACGCGGCAGUCAGUGUCGGGCUACAAACAAGUGAUAUUAUCGAGUAUCUGCAGAAACUGAGCAAGACAUCAAUUCCUGAAGGGAUCGUACAGUUCAUUAAGCUGUGCACUGUUAGUUACGGCAAGGUGAAAUUGGUCCUGAAACACAACAGAUACUUUGUGGAAAGCACACAUCCCGAUGUGAUUCAGAAGUUGUUGCAGGAUGAUAUCAUAAGGAACUGUCGCCUGAGGACAGCAGAAGGUGACGAAACUGAACUCAUUAUGGGCACAGUCUCCAGUAAAUCUGCCAUGUUGAUGUCCAAAGCUGUGCAGAAUAAUGGAGCAGCUUCAACAUCACAGAGUACAGACCCCGUACAAAGUAAAACAGAUGUUCCCGCAGACUUAUUGGACUUCUACGAACAAAUGGAUAAGGAAGAGGAGGAGGAGGAGGAGGAACUGCAGACAGUGUCCUUCGAAGUGAAGCAGGAAAUGAUUGAGGAGCUGCAGAAACGGUGUAUUCACAUGGAAUACCCAUUACUAGCAGAGUACGACUUCAGGAAUGAUACCAUCAACCCAGAUGUUAACAUCGAUCUGAAGCCCACAGCCGUCCUAAGGCCCUAUCAGGAGAAGAGCUUAAGAAAGAUGUUUGGAAAUGGCCGUGCCAGGUCAGGAGUUAUUGUCCUUCCCUGUGGUGCUGGCAAGUCUCUGGUUGGAGUGACAGCAGCCUGCACAGUGCGGAAGAGAUGCCUCGUCCUCUGUACCUCUGCUGUGUCUGUGGAGCAGUGGAAGUCUCAGUUCAAAAUGUGGUCAACCAUUGACGAUAGCCAAAUCUGCCGCUUCACCUCAGACGCCAAGGACAAGCCCAUUGGUUGCUCGAUUGCCAUCAGCACGUACUCAAUGUUGGGGCACACAACCAAACGUUCCUGGGAAGCAGAGCGAGUGAUGGAGUGGAUGAAAAGUCAGGAAUGGGGUUUGAUGCUGCUUGAUGAGGUGCACACAAUUCCAGCAAAAAUGUUCCGUCGUGUUCUGACCAUUGUACAAGCUCACUGCAAACUGGGCCUGACAGCCACGUUGGUCCGGGAAGAUGACAAAAUUGUCGACCUGAAUUUCCUCAUUGGACCAAAACUCUUUGAAGCCAACUGGAUGGAGCUGCAGAACAGUGGUUACAUUGCAAAAGUGCAGUGUGCUGAGGUCUGGUGCCCAAUGUCACCCGAGUUUUACAGAGAAUAUGUCGCAAUUAAAACAAAGAAACGGAUGCUGCUUUAUGUGAUGAACCCCAACAAGUUCAGAGCUUGUCAGUUCUUGAUUCGCUUCCAUGAGCGGAGGAAUGACAAGAUCAUAGUGUUUGCAGACAAUGUAUUCGCGCUCAAAGAGUAUGCAAUCAAACUGAACAAACCUUACAUUUACGGCCCAACAUCACAGGGGGAGAGGAUGCAGAUUCUGCAGAACUUCACUCACAACCCAAAAAUAAACACCAUCUUUAUCUCCAAGGUUGGCGACACCUCUUUUGAUCUCCCUGAAGCCAAUGUGUUGAUACAGAUAUCAUCACAUGGAGGAUCCAGGCGGCAGGAGGCCCAGCGAUUGGGCAGAGUCCUGCGGGCAAAGAAAGGGAUGGUGGCUGAGGAGUACAAUGCCUUCUUCUACUCCUUGGUUUCUCAGGAUACACAGGAGAUGGCCUACUCUGCAAAGAGACAGAGGUUCCUGGUGGACCAGGGCUACAGUUUUAAGGUGAUUACAAAACUAGCAGGAAUGGAUGAGGAGGAUCUGGCCUUUGCUACCAAGGAUGAACAGCAGCAGCUUUUACAGAAAGUUCUAGCAGCCUCGGACCUCGAUGCGGAGGAGGAGGUUGUGCUCGGAGACUUUGGGUCAAAGGGGCAGGUCUCACGGCGAAUGGGUACAAUGAGCUCCAUGUCAGGGGCUGAUGACACGGUUUACUUGGAGUAUCAUCGGACUAAGAGUUUUGGCAAGAACAUCCACCCUCUCUUCAAACGUUUCAGGAAAUGAGUCGGUGCCAUUUCAUUGUGUGGGAAGCCAUCUGCACAGGGUAAUAGGUGGUACAUGGACUGGCCUGUGUUUCAUAACCGUGAGCCAUAUCUGCUCAGGGAUUUUUCUGGGGGUAUUUAUUAUGAUGGCUAUUAGCUCGAGAGUCAUUUGAAUUAUUAAAUUGUCUUUUUCUAAA